ACGGACUUCCUUUAAAUUUUGGAGACAUGGAUGUCAUUAUAAAUGCGGCACGGCACACCUCGGACUCUAUCAGCGCGGACACUUCUCCACAUAUAACUUGGUGAAUAUCGGUACAUAACGGUUCCGCAGAGAUGAGAGAGAUCAUAGGAAUGGCGCUGGCGCUCGUUGUUCUGAAAGUUCACGGGAGGGAAAUCAGUGACGGUCAUUGUGAGGAGGGAAAAUGCUUCGCCAUCCAAACCAACAGUUUGAGUUUUGAUUCGGCGCAGCAAGUCUGUCAGGAGAGAGGAGGACAUUUGAUGACCGUACGCUACAGAAAAUCGGCCAAUAUUCUUGCUAAAUUGUUGAAUGGCACUUCUGGAAACUUUUGGCUUGGCCUGAGAUAUCAGUGUUCACACGCGAACGAUGGGUUAAAGGGAUACAAAUGGGUCACUGGAGACAACGCAAGCCACUACAUCAACUGGGAAAGCGACCGACCGGUUUGUUCUCCACGAUGUGCUUCUGUGUCACAAAAAGUUCCGAAAUGGGCCGAAAGACCUUGCGAUGACAUAAUCGAUGGUUAUUUGUGCGAAUAUGAAAACCUCGAAUAUUGUCAGCCACUGAGCAACGGUUCAGCAGUCGUAUAUGAAACUCGUUUUGGAUUUAAUGCAAACAAACUCCUCCAAGAAAUUCCUCAAGGCACAAUAGCGACAUUACAGCCGCAGAGAACGAAACACGUUUGUUUCGAAGGCGAUUGGCUUCAAGCACCUUGGAGUUGUGAGUUUAUUAAUGGUGGAUGUGAUUAUGCAUGCGUUGGGAGCGUUCCUAACAACACAUGCAUCUGUCCGCAUGGAUUUAAGCUCGACAGUAACCGAGUCACAUGCAGCAAACAGGACGCUUGUGCGCACGGGGAAUGCCAGCCGGUGUUUCAAGUUGCACAUGCAAUGUCUCCCGAAGAUUGCAAGCCCGGCUUUCGCAAAGAAAGUGGCAUUUGCGUUGAUGAAGACGAAUGCGCGUCUGCACCAUGCGAGCACAUGUGCAUCAACACUAAAGGUAGUUAUCAAUGUGCAUGCUAUGAUGGAUUCAUACAGUCGAAGGAGGACAUCCACACAUGUAUGAUGCACUGUACAGAUGAACAGUGCCCAGCUGAAUGUGACCCCAAUAACAACGACCAGUGCAACUGCCCCGAUGGUUUCCUACUUGAAGACAACAUGUGCGUUGACAUUGAUGAAUGCAGCAGUGAUAACUGUGACCAUAUAUGUGAUAAUACACCUGGGGGGUUUGUAUGUUCCUGCAGUGAAGGAUACUUGCUUUUGGAAGAUGGAAGAUGUGGAAGAGAAGACUUUGAUGGUUCAGGCAGCGCAACACCUUUUGAUGUUUCUAUAUCUACGAGUAAACCCCCAAACGACAAGCCGAUGUCAAUCUCAUCGGGCAGUCUUUUGGCAAUAAUGGUUUGCAUUGUAGCUUGUAUUCUCUUACUGGUCGGCCUCGCUCACUGCACAUUGAGACGUUUUUGUCAAAUGCACAAUUAUGAUGUGCACAAAGGCCAAGAUGAAAUCUACGACUUUCAACAGGUGAUCAUUGACAAAAACAGCACAGAACUGUCAUUCCCAAAUAGGUAUUUAAAAAGAGACAUUUAAAGUCGGACGUCACGCGAACUGAAAUGUAAAUAGUAGCCUAGAUAGUAAAUAUAUUUCAUUUUAGAUAU